AUGGAAGAGACUAUCGGAAGAGCCAGGGCGCUUCUCCAAAGUUCCCAAGAGCAAAAGGCAUUGGAUUUGUUGACUCCAGAAGUCACCAAGAAUCCUGAAUGCGUUCCUCUCCUCGAAGUAUUCGGUGAAACCCUUCUCGAGCUAAACGAUGUGGAAACAGCUUACAGCACAUUGAUGAAAGCAGUUGAGUUGGAUCCUGAGGCAAAGCAAGGGGUUGAGAAGUUCUUGUAUUUGGGGCAAAUCAUUGGAGGAAAAGAUGGAUGUGGCUUUUUAGACGUGGCCCUUGGUAAGUUACAAGAGCAACUUACAAAAGUUGCUGACAAUAGUGGGCAAGAUGAUGCAACCUUAGUGGAAUUGGCUAAAGUGUAUGAAAACAGUGAGGCAUUAUCUCUUUACCUAAUAAAAAAAUUGAACCAAGGUAUCUUUGCUCAGAUUGAAAUUUGGAUGACAGACUUGUGCAUGGAACCAGAAGCUGAACAAAAAUGUGAUGACCUAAUCUCCUACUCUUUAUCAUUGGACAAUCAAAAUCCAGAAGCAUUGUCCUUGUUGGCGCUGAUUAGAAUUUCUCAGCAAAGAAACGAUGAUGCUAAGGAAGCUUUACAGAAAUCAUGGGAACUUUUUCAGAACAAGAAACACACCUUAGAGAUCCAGCAAACCGAAGAAGGAGAAGAAGCCUCCUUCGAAUAUAUCGAAUUGGUUCAGCCUUUGCUUGGCCUCGCUCGUUUUGCCAUAGAAUUGGCCAUGUAUGAUUUGGUACCAUCUAUAUGUGGAGGAGUUUCCGAAAUCAAUGAGAAUGCCUUAGAUUGUUACUACUACGAAGCCUUGUCUCACAUAUUGAAAGCCCGUCUCAUAUACUCUCAACAGCAUCCAUCUGAUCAAGAUUACAGAGAAUUGGACAUCAUGAAGGUAAAGUCCAGCGACAAUGAAGAAAUACAAAAUAGCAUUGCUGAAGCCAAAUCCGCACUUACCCAGGGCUACAGGGUUAUUAACAGUGCUGAUCUUGAAGCUUCUGACCCAGAUGUGGUUGAUCAAGUCAAUGAGAUGUUGGCUGCUCUUGGUGGUCCGAAUAUGGCUGAAUUGAUGCCAGAAAGAAGGACAAACGAUGAGGAAUUCGAGGGCUGGGAGGACGAAAUUGUUAGCGAUAAAGAAUAA